GGAGCCGGAUAUAUCCCAUCUUGCUUCCUCCCCAGCAUAGGUACUCCGGCCACAUAACGGCAUCAAAUUCAGCGGAGGACUCUCGACUGUAGAGUUACAGUAGAUGCCAUGCCCAAGCGGACAAAAAACAUAUUAGUCUCUAUCGACCUUUCGCCAGUAUCACUAAAACACCCCUCACACCCCCCAUCACAAAACGGAUACCUCCCACCAGCCGCAAACGCAUCACCACGCCCACAACCCAGCAGCACCCCUCCCGCGCCUACUCUACGUGGUACAGCGCCCAUAAACCGCAUCCGUGCCCCCAAAAACACUCACUGCCUCCGCCAUUGUGAAAAAGCCAACACUUCCGCCUCCAUCUCCGCAAGACCCUCCGCCAACCUCAUCGGCCCGACCCGCCCACCAAUCUUGUACCGCACCGGCCCGUGCGCCACAGUCUGGCCCAGCUGCCCCUGA